GUUUGAUUUGAAUAUAGUGCCAAAUAACUGUGUGACUUGCUCAUUGGAUCAUAAAUAAGAGUAAUCGCAGUGUCCAAAUUCUUCUCAACUCUUCAUACAAUCUGGUAACAGAAACAAAUGGAGUCUGCCCAUAGGAAAUUAUUAAAAAAUCCGCGUAAAUCAGCGAGUUGGAUGUCAGUUUUAUUUUUCGGAUGGACAAUACCGCUUUUCAAGCAGAGUUAUCAGCGUGACGCGUUACAUCCAAAUGAUGUGUUUGAACCGCUCGAGGAAGAUCAAUCGGAUAGACUUGGUGAUCGACUGGAAACAAAUUGGAAGUCUGAACUGAAACUACAAUCAUGUCCGUUGUUACUAAGAUCAAUGUUUAAAACAUUCUGGCACGAAUUGCUAUUAUUGGGAGUUUUGUACUUCUUUCAACAUUGCGUGUGCCGCCCAAUAUAUCCAUUUUUAUUGAAGGGAUUCUUGUCAUAUUUUCGGGACAAUUCUGAAGUAUCAUUUCAUGAAGCAAGAAAUUAUGGAGUUGGGCUUUUCAUUCUAAGCAUUUGCACUGGAAUCAUCACAUUCCAAUAUAUAUAUUAUAGAUAUUACAGUGGUAUGAAAGUUCGCGUCGCCAUUAGUAGUGUUAUUUAUCGAAAGGCACUGCGUUUGUCACAGAGUGCUUUGAGCAAAACAUCUUCUGCAAAAUUAGUGAAUUUGCUCUCAAAUGAUGUUCAACGAUUUGAAUGUAUAUCCCAAAAUGAAUUAUGGGUACCACCGGCAGCAUCAAUGGUGGCAACAUAUAUUUUAUGGAAUGAAAUUGGUUGGGCU